AUGUUUAUGGGUGCUAUGUGUUAUUGUUUAAUAACUGGUAGCAUUAACUUUAAUGGUUAUGCUCAUAUGAAUUUAGCCGAAAUUAUCAAAAUUCGCUGUCGUUUAUUACAGAAGAUUUUGAAUAAAGAGUUUAUAGAUUACAAGUUUUCGGAAAGCAAUUUAAGAGAGUUACGCUUACAAAGAGCAGUGGAGAUAUGGAAGGAGCUACAACAAAUAAUACGUGAGAUAAAUAGAGUGUACACAUUAUCAUUACUUUUUACUUUGGCACAUGACUUCAUGUUGACAACGAGUGAAUUGUAUAUGGUGUUUGGAAGAACUAUUGCCGGUCAAAAUACUAGUUAUUAUUUACUCAGUUAUGUGGUCAUGGUGAUGCUACCUCCACUCUAUAAGAUGAUAAUGGCACCCAUUUAUUGUGAGGAAACAAUAAAAGAGAGUACAAAAUGUGUACGUCUCAUAGAGCAAUUAAAUUCCUGGUAUCCUAAAAGUGUAAAAAUACGAAAUUUGGUUGAAGCUCUUAUGAUGUGGCGUUUGGAUAAUAAUGUCGAAUUCAAUUGCGGUUUUAAUCUGACCAUACGGCGUACUAUCAUAACAACGGUUACAUCAGUGGUUUUUAACUAUCUUCUUAUUUUGAUACAGUUUCGGAUGACACAAGAUAUGGGCGAUAAUAUGGAGCAACAGAAAAACUUACUACGUGAAUGGGCUAAUCAAGGACCCGAUUUCCUAUAUUAA